ACCAAUAUUUCUAAAGUCACGCUCUAAAUAUACCGUCAAUUGUUGUGUCCGAAGUCUGAUUAAUUAAGGAAGAUUUACACGUACGAGCGACACAAAUAUCCUCAUUGUGAUUUGGAUUACAUUAACUACUGAUAAAACAAAAACAUGUCUCGUGAACUCUCUGCCUCAUCCGAAUUAGUGCUUCUACUAACUCCUCUGAAAUUCUUAUUUCCACAGAGAUGCCUGCGUAGAAUACGCAGAAGCCGUCGAAAAACUCGCAUUCAAGCUGCUGGAACUCAUGGCCAUGAGCUUAGACUUACCAGCCAAGCGACUGAACGGCUACUUCAAGGACUCCCUAAGCAGAGUCCGCCUAAACCGCUACCCUCCGUGCCCCUCCCCUGACCUUGCGCUCGGCGUGGGCCCACACAAGGACCAAGGAGCCCUCACUGUCCUGGCACAGGACGAUGUCGGGGGCCUCGAUGUCAAGAGGAAGUCCGAUGGCCAGUGGGUCCGUGUCAAGCCUGUUCCCGACUCCUACGUCAUCAACAUCGGCGAUCUCAUCCAGGUGUGGAGCAAUGACAAGUACGAGAGCACGGAGCACAGGGUGUCGUUGAACUCGGAGAGGGAGAGAUUUUCCUUCCCAUUCUUCUUCGAUCCCGCACAUUGUAUAAUCAUGAAGCCGUUAGAGGAACUUGUGACUGAAGAUAAUCCGGCUAAAUACAAUGAAUUCAGUUGGGGACGUUUCUACAGGUCUCGGAGGAGCAGCAAUUUUCAGAAGAUGGGGGUAGAAAACUUGCAGAUAUCUCAUUUUCGGAAGAACAAUUAUUGAAGUCCGGCCAGCAGGUAUAUCCUUCCCGGGAGAUCAAUUGAGGUCAUGUAACUGGUUUGUUCGCAACUUGUAGCUGCUUGUGUGCGCGUGCACGUAUUCUAAAUAAAGAUGUCCAAGGGGAACAAUUAUUAUUAUUAUUAUUAUUAUUAUUAUUAUCUGUUGUGUUUGAUUCUAAAUCAA